ACGUGACUUUUUUUCGUUAAUUUAAAGUCAUGUCAUUCCAAAACAGUGCAAUUCAGCUUGAAAAAAUCAAAUAUUUGGCUUUACUUCAUCACAUUAAGAUAUUAAAAAAACACUUAGAGCAGCUGCGUACCCUUUUGCAGCUGCGUACACUUCUCCGAAAUUAUUUAGAUUUGUUGAGGUUACUCUUGCAAUAAUGGAAGAUGCUUUGGAUUCAGAUGGAACAUCAAAUUCAUCGAUUACGGAUGAAGAGGACGUUUCACCAGGAUUGACUCAACCAAUACUCAACUCUCGACAUUUUAUAACUCCCGGUGUUUCAAAAUUGAUUUUUGACGCUAUCAAAAAGAAAUCGAUCCCACUUCAAGAACGCCUUUGUGUCCUUUUAUUUAACGAAAUCGAUUUGGCCCUCCAUUUGGAUUAUUUAACUAAAGAGGACUACAUUAUCGGUUUUGAAGACACCGGUUGGUCUCGCAACAAAAACGUUGCCGAUACCGCCCUUGUAUUCAUGCUGCGUAGCAUUUACGGCAACUGGAAACAACCAGUAGCCUUCGCGUUCCAUGACAGCCCCUUAAACCAAAAAACACUUGUGAGAUUUAUCAAGACAAUAGCUAAAGAAACGAAAAAUGCUGGUUUGAAUUUAAUCGCGAUGAUUUGUACUCAUGCCGAUCAUAAUGUUGAAACUGUGGAUAUGCUCCUUGAAGAGUCCAAAUCCGUGGUUUUGGAAGGUCAAGAAGUGGUACCGAUUUUCGACCCCAGUUCUCUAUUGCUGAGUACCAGGAACGCCCUCAGUGAAGCCCCUCUGACAUUUAAAAAAGACGGCGUUUUGAAAACCGCCAAGUGGGAACACUUGGUAAAAGCCCACGAGAUUGACCGCGAACUGAGUAAUUGUCUUACGAAAAUCACCAAAAGUCACCUGGCCCCCGAUUCUUUGAGUUUCACAAAAUGCAUUCAGACGUUGAGUGGGACUUUCGCCGGGUUUUUGAGCACAGUUGCGGGGAAAACCGGCGCAACUCUUCCUCCAGCUGCCACCGAAACCGCCGAACUGCUUUUCUUCCUAGACCGGGUUUUCGAUAGCUUAAACGGCACAAUGGCGGAAAAUGCCGAGAAGCCGCUCCGGGGGCCGAUUCGGGCCACCUCGCCCCAUUCGAAAAUCUGGUCGGAAGCAAAGGAGACGUUCAAGGAUAUGGAUGGUAAAGGUGGCAGUUGGUUUGGGAAGUGGUUGCGUACUUUGGACGCUUUCGAGGCGAUUAAAAGUAAAAUGCUUGCGUUGGGGUACGAGGCGUUUCCUGCAAGGUCUUUCCAUUUGGAGCCUUUGCAAAACUGCUUUGAUCUGAUCAACGAACAAGCUGGAAAUACGCCAAUGGAAAAUCGUCUGACUUGCAAAAAAUUCAGUAUUUUCUAUAAUCGGGCUUUGAAGGCGAAGGACAUGGCUGCUUGCCGUGCAACUGAACCGAUUUGUGAACCAGAUGGUUUGAAGUUUUUAGUCACCAUUGAAGAUUUAAGUUAGUUUGUAUAAUUAAUAUUGUUCACUUUAGCGUUUUGUAUUUUCUACCAAAAUAAUAUUAAGCAAUACUUUGUGUUGUUUGUUGUUUUUCUAUGCAAUUUUAAUGAAUCGAAUAGAAAACAUGGUUUGACCUUACUCAACGUCGAAAACAGUAAUAAACUAUGACGUUCGCCAUAAUUAUUUCUAUUAAGCAACUUUUUAUACCAAAUUGACAAUAAACAACAUAAUCCAAAUGCUUUUAUCUUAA